CCAUCCCAACACUAAGUAAAAAUAUUUAGCUUCUAUAAUAUAAGUUUUCUUGUUCGUCGUUUAUCGGCAAACUAAGUCGUUUUCUCAAAAGAAAUUAAUUAAUGGCUGGAAAUACCAUUGUGGUUUUUGACUUUGACAAGACCAUAAUCGAAUGUGACAGUGAUAAUUGGGUGGUCGAUGAAUUGGGUGCCACUGAUCUAUUCAAUCAGCUUCUCCCUACAAUGGCAUGGAACUCUCUCAUGGAUAGGAUGAUGAAGGAGCUUCAUGAUCAAGGAAAAACCAUUGAUGAGAUUGCUGAAGUUCUUAAUCGGAUCCCGAUACAUCCCAGAGUUGUCCCUGCCAUUAAGGCCGCUUAUGCUCUUGGAUGUGAAUUGAGGAUUGUUAGUGAUGCGAAUCUGUUCUUUAUUGAAACAAUGUUGAAGCACCUUGGGUUGAGGGAGUACUUUUCAGAGAUUAACACCAAUCUCAGCUUUGUUGAUGAACAAGGAAGACUUAGGAUUCAACCUUUUCAUGAUUUCAAAAACUCCUCACAUGGAUGCACUACUGGCACUUGCCCUCCUAACAUGUGCAAGGGUUUGAUUAUAGAAAGAAUACAAGCUACUGAGGGAAACAAAAGAAUAAUUUAUUUGGGUGAUGGAGCUGGUGACUAUUGCCCAAGCUUGAAGCUGAAAGAGAGUGAUUUUAUGAUGCCAAGGAAGAAUUUCCCAGUUUGGGACUUGAUUUCCAAUAACCCACUUCUCAUCAAGGCCAAAAUCCAUGAAUGGAGUGAUGGUGAGGAGUUUGAGAAGGUUCUGCUCAGCCUUAUUGACACUAUUUCCACUGAUGAGAAAUCUGCAUUUACUCCAACUUACUUCAAAAUGCCAAGUAAUAUUGAUGUUUCGGCCAUACCCAAAGUCCUCCAAGUUCAGCAAUAGAUCAAUACCAUGUGUAUCAGUGUUAGGUUUAUAACAUAUCUGAGCUGAUUCAAAAGCCUUGAUUUAUUUUAUUAUAUUAUAUCUCUCUUAUACUUUGGGAUUCAGCUAAAUAUAAAAACUCUUACAGCUUUGUGUGAUG